GGAUGCGCACUAUUUCCCGACGCGCAUUCGGAUUGUUCUAGAGUGCUCCACGCACAGGGCCAUCUUUGGUCGUCCUCGCCGGUGACAGUGUGGACAGUUUAUUCCAUUGGUCAUUAAAAAGCCUAAUGAUUAAUAAAUAAUACUUAACUUUGAACGAGACAUUAAGAAGAACUCGGGCGGAGAUCGGGAGCCAAAUCCCCGCUUUUUGUGGACUCACUCUGCACACAUUUUCCUUCAAUACCCUUCAUUUCUUGAGGCGAAAGAGGGCGAGACGGGAGAGGCGGUGAUACAACAUGGAUGAGGAAUAUGAUGUGAUCGUUUUGGGCACCGGACUCACAGUAAGUAGUCGAGUUUUAUCCGGAAAAAGAAGAAUAUUCAUGUCUAAGUGUUUAUUUACGGAGGCCUGUUUCUCUCUGUGUAUCCGAGCCCAGAAGAAGUGAAAGCCUCCUGCAUCCCUGUGCGCCUGGUACAUGAGAAAAUGUGAUCAAAGAUGCGCUCUCAUUAUGACAAAUAUCACUAAGAGUGGAUGUGGGUGUGCAUUAUGCGCAGACUAACGCAGCAUUAUGCGUGCUUUUGUUGUCUUACAGCUGGUUGGGGUUGUUUUACACCCUGUAGCAUCUUUUUAGGCGUAACCCAACAGUGUGUCAUGGUCCUCUUUGCAUAGACAGGCCUCCAUCCUGAGGUCUGCGCAGGCCUGAGCUCGGGUUUAAUAAAAUGACUGAGCCUUUCUCUGCAGCACCUACUCUCAAUUAUCACACCCAGUGCGGCAGGAGGACGCCAGACACGUUUAAUAUGCUUUUAAUAAAUGUUUUCACUUGGAUAAAAGUCGACAUGUUUGUGAUUUUAACUCAUGAGUCAAAUGUUAUUUUCUCCUGAGAGAAUAAACAGGUUUUCAUUCAUUGGUGUGUUACCAAGAGACGUCUAUUUGUGCUAAUUCUUAUUUAAAUAUUAUUAUUAUUAUUAUUAUCAUGACAGUAGAUACAUCUGUGGAACGGAUCUAUUUGCGCAUGCGCACACCAUUCCCCCCGCAGCCUCCUGUCAAAAUCCCUUAUAAUAAUAAUAAAUAAUAAUGAUAAUAAAUUCAUAUGUAUAGCACUUUUAAAAACAGAAGUUUACAAAGUGCAUUGACAGAGAACAUGGAAAAAGACAGAUAUAGAUAGAUAGAUAGAUAGAUAGAUAGAUAGAUACUUUAUUAAAUUUUUCAUAAGGAACCCAGACAAAACAAAAACCAUGCAACAGAAAAUUAGACCACGAGGACCAAAAUAAAAACAAAAUAGUUCAGAAAAAAGUGCAAAAGUGCAAUUAAAAAUGGGGUAGAAAGCGGAAAAAGGGUAGUAAAUAUAGAAGGUGAUAUCAGAAUCAGAAAUACUUCAAUAAAUUGCUUUUGUCACAGUACUCCAGUGCAAAUACAGCAAAAGAGGAGAUAAAUAAUAGAUAAAAUAAGUAAAAAUAUAGAGAUAAAUAGAUAAAGUAAGUAAAAAUAUAGAGAUACAUAAAUAAAAUAUAAAAAAUACAGAGAUAAAUAGGUAAAAUAACUAAAAAUAUGUAGAUAAAUAGGUAAAAUAACUUAAAAAAAUAGAGCUAUAUUGAUAAAAUAAGUCAAAUGAAGCGAUAAAUAGGUAAAAUAAGUAAAAAUAUAGAGAUAAAUAGAUAAAACAAGUGGAAAUAUAGAGAUAAUAUACAAGUAUUUACAUUAUAUACAACACAAAUAGUAAAUUCGUAUGCAUGUGAAACAGUAAACAGAGUUCAGGUAAAAUCUGAGGGUGUCAGAGUCUCUGAGGGAGGAGUUAAAGAGUCUGACAGGAAGGAUUUCCUGUGGCGCUCCGUGGUGUAUCAACAACAAUAAUAAAAUCAUAAAAAAUAAUACUGAUCAUAAUAGUAAUGAUAAAAUAGUGAAAAGGAAAGAAAAGAGAAGAGUACAAGUAUAACAAAAGCUAAAAAAAACAGUAAUAAGUUAGAGGUAAAAGAGAUGACAGAUAAAAGACGACUUGUCUGUAAAAGUGAGUUUGUAAAUUUCCCUUUCCUUCAAUGCCCCUUCAGUUUCAGAGCGAUCAUAUGCUGUUUUUAUUGAUAUUUGGUGUGAAAUUGUCUUUUACGAAGGAAUGCAUUCUGUCCGGGAUCAUGUCUGUGAACGGGAAAAAGGUCCUGCACAUGGACAGGAACCCCUACUACGGUGGUGAGAGCUCUUCCAUCACCCCUCUGGAGGAGGUAAACAGCUCCUGGGAUCUAUAAAAUCAAUCAAUAUAUUUUAUAUCCCUCAGUACAUUUCCUUUUACUCCUGCUGCCACUCUGCUGUUUUUAUUGUCUACAUUUCUUCAGGGCCUUAUGCCUCCUGUGUCUCCUUGGAUAGUCAUGUGUCUCUUUUUUCCCCCGCAGCUGUACAAGCGCUUCACUCUUCCAGACAACCCACCUGAGUCCAUGGGCAGAGGAAGAGACUGGAACGUCGAUCUCAUCCCCAAGUUCCUCAUGGCCAACGGUCAGUCGCUCAGCACUGAAGAUUAUAACACGGUUGAAGCCUCUGAAUCAAAAUGUCACGUACUGUAUGAAUCAAUUCAAUUCAGACAAGUUUAUGAACCCCUCUAGGAGCAAUUAGUUCAGAGCAGCUUGUCCAUGAGACUCAAAUAGAUCUCAGCAGCCUGGAGAAAACAAGGAAGGAAGAUCUACUGGUAGUAAAAAGGCGGAUGAAGAGACACAAACUUGAGAGAAAUAGGGAAAGGAUGAGUCUUAAAGGUACAAUGGGUCGUGUUUCGCAGCAUUUAGCAGAACAGACUUGUUGGAAAUCAGUGUUUAAUCACCUGAAUGUAAAAACACUGUGUUUUUGUUGACUUAGAAGAGGCCUUUCAUAUCAAGAAGAAGAAGCAGAUCUUUUUCCACAAAGGCUGCCAUCUUUCACCGCCAUGUUUCGAGAACAGAGCGGUCGUUGUGCGCUUAAAAGAAAAACUGUAUUAAUGAGAAGUUUUAACGGUUAAAAAGAACUUGAUGAAUGGAAGAUUGAGCUUGUAAGAAGAAGAAGAAGCGUGCAGUAACAAUUUGAACAGUGAUCGGUUUCAGCUGCAGCAAAACAAACGUGAGGAAAUGGAAAUAUGAGAUUACAUCGAGCGUGAUCAGAGCGAAUUUUAAUCUGAUCUGAAUAUUAAAGGGAUAUUCAUUGUUUUUUUUAUGCAGGUCAGCUUGUGAAGAUGCUGCUAUACACAGAGGUGACACGGUACCUGGACUUUAAGGUCGUGGAGGGAAGUUUCGUUUACAAAGGAGGAAAGAUCUACAAGGUGCCGUCGACUGAGACCGAGGCGCUCGCUUCAAGUAAGUCUCUCCGAUUAAAACAGCAAAAUAAUUACAUGAGACAAAAGUGUUCAUGAUGAUUAAAGUCUUCUGUUUGAUUUUCAGAUCUGAUGGGAAUGUUUGAGAAGAGAAGGUUUAGGAAGUUCUUAGUCUUCGUGGCCAACUUUGAUGAGAAUGACCCCAAGACUUUCGAGGGCGUGGACCCCAAAGUCACGACGAUGAGGGACGUUUACAAGAAGUUUGACCUCGGACAGGACGUCAUUGACUUUACUGGACACGCCCUGGCCCUCUACAGGACAGAUGAGUAAGAACAUGUCAGAAAGAGACACUGAGUUUAGAAGAGAUUUAAGAUCUGAGGAGAGCGUAUUUUUGACCCUCCAUCCUUUCUUCCUUCUUCUCUCCUUCAGCUAUCUUGACGUCCCCUGUUUGGAGACGAUCAAUCGUAUCAAGCUGUACAGUGAAUCACUGGCGCGGUACGGGAAGAGCCCCUACCUCUACCCCCUGUACGGUCUGGGAGAGCUGCCCCAGGGAUUCGCCAGGUUACUUCUCAUCACGAUCAUGAUUAAAUCGGUAACAGGUUACCGUUCAGAGCUGAAUCAGAUAUUCGAACUGUUUUCAUUUACGCCUCAUUCAGAUUGAGCGCCAUCUACGGCGGGACCUACAUGCUGAACAAACCGGUGGAUGAGAUUGUGAUGGAGGACGGUCAUGUGAUCGGAGUAAAGUCUGAGGAUGAGGUACGGUCACGCUGUUUUAGUGCCUCAGAUCGUAAAAACUUAACAGGUUUUAUUGAAGCCGAAAGGAAACGGCUCAGCGGUCAACGGUUUGACACCUGGGUUUCUUUCCUCUCUUCAUCCGUCCAAUGAAAUAAAGACAGAAAAUGACCUGAUUAUAAUUUAGAAAAAGGCAGAAAGGAUUAAACAUGUUUAUGAACGUGAACAGAUGCAUGAUUAUGACAUUAAAGCACAGUGAUGUGUGUUUAUUUCCUAUCUAGUCAAUCUGAGACUUCUUUAUGAGUUAAAGUCAGGUUUUUAUUGAAUUUUUUUACUGUGUUAUUUGUUUUGUAGUUAUCAUGAAAAUAUUAAAUACUUUUUUGAGAGAUAGGAGUGAGAAUGAAGUUGGAAACAGGGAUGAGAGAGCGGGGAUAGCAUGUGGCAAAUGGCCAAGUUAGGGAACUGAACCCAGGGCCCCAACUUCCAGGAAUGUCGCCUGAGUACAACUUUAUCACAGAGCCAAACUGGCACCAUGACAAUAUUAAUAAAAUCUUAAAUUACAGGGAAAAAUAAACAUUUAUGAGACAAGCUGUGGGUCCUUGAAAAGUCUUAAAAGUCUUACAAUAGAUAUUUGAAAUUUAAGGUCACAAAAAGUCAAAUUUUAACCAGCGGGAGGUGGUAAAUUUUGUCUGAAACCAUUUUUCUGAAAUGCUUUAAAAAAGUCUUAAAUUGGAUUUUAAGACCAAUGCAGUGUCCCUGAUGUAUGUCCAGAUCUAUGUGUACUUAGAUGUCUCUUUAUUGCAGGUGGCUCGCUGUAAGCAGCUGAUCUGUGACCCCAGCUACAUCUCAGACCGCGUCCGUAAGGCGGGUCAGGUGAUCCGCGUGAUCUGCAUCCUCAGCCACCCCAUCAAAAACACCAACGACGCAAACUCCUGCCAGAUCAUCAUUCCUCAGAACCAGGUGAACCGCAACUCAGGUGAGGACCGCUCUCUUCGAUAGCACGUCUAUGAUUACAACUGGAUUUGUGAAUAUUUCAAAAUUAAACCUGAAAAUUCGAGUUCAAAGCAACUAAAUUCCUAAAGCAGCUACGAUUAAUCCUCUUACGCUAACAAAGGAUCACAUGACUGAUUAUAUGUAAGAAAAAAAAUCAGCUGACUCAGCAGAUUUCUGUGGUUUCAGAGUUUAAUCGUCUUUAAUUUCUUUGUUUUGAUUAUUUGACCCAAAACUUAACUGCACCGGUUCACUCUCCUGACUCUCCUGGACCGGUCUACAGGGGGUUUAGUUAACCUGGACUCUAUUAUGUCACAGUCUUGGUCAUGUCACAGAACAGACUUGUAAAUAUCAGAGUCGCCCCCUGCUGGUCAGAAAAACUAAUGCAGGUUUAAAACCCUUUUUAAGGUUUCAUUUCCAAACCAGACGGCUAAACUGAGUUGUUAUUAACUCUGAUUUCAUCCUUUUCCUUCAGACAUCUACGUGUGCAUGAUCUCCUACGCACACAAUGUGGCGGCCCAGGGGAAAUACAUCGCCAUCGUCAGCACCACGGUGGAAACUGCCGAGCCUGAGGUUGAGAUCGAGCCGGCUCUGGAGCUGCUUGAGCCUAUCGACCAAAAGUCAGACUUUUAACAGUUUUAAUUUUAUCUUAAAACUUUCCAUCAAGAUGAAACAACACUGGGUUUAAAGGCGGUUUAGUUAAAAAAGAUGUGUUGUUUUUGUUUUGACAGGUUUGUGGCGAUUAGUGACCUUUAUGAGCCAACAGAUGACGGCACUGAGAGCCAGGUGAGAGAACUUUACUCCGACAUUAAACUUAAAUUCUGUAUCCGGUGAAGGUUAUGUAAAAAGAUUGCACACGCAGCUUUAAGUACUUACAGGUGAGCAUUAGGCUGAUGAUGGUAAAUUGCAUGAACUUUGAAUUUUCAUGAUGCAAAGUCUAUUAGAUUACCUUCCUUUGUAAUUAAUUUUAGAUUAACGAGUCUGAAGUUUAUCAGUGUUUGGGGAGACUUUAAAUGCAUCUCUGACACGACUGGAGGUCUGGUGGGUUUUUGUAAUAUUUCUACAUGCGUUCAUGGAGUGAGGACGAGGCCUGAUGAUUUCAGAGAUCUCUUAACAGGAGGAUUGAUCAUUUUAAUGAAAGAGCAGCUGUGAUUAAUUUAACCUCCAGAGAAGAUCAUGUCUGCACCUCGACUCUCACAGCAACAGAUCUCUCUUUUAACUCCAAAAGAAUCCACACCCAUAACCCCUUUAUAGGAAAAUGAAUAAAAAAAACACAUUUCUAAACUUUUUUUCUCAACAGCACCCCCUACUGUCAAAGAUCUGAAAAUAUACAAUUUGUCACAUUGGGCGUUUACUGUUUUACUGAAAAUGAAUGAAAUAAUAAAUGUUUGUUGUUCAGUUACAAAAAUUUGCAUUUAUUUGCAUUUAAACUGAGAAAAUAUCAUUCCAAAUGGUUAAACAACAAAUUUAGUCUUCUCAAACCAAUUUUUUUGCAUUAAAGAGCAACUGAACAAUAAACAAACCUGCCAGAAUAUGUGCUAAACUUCAGUAAACAGAGAACUACCUGGGAUUUUUCAUGAAUAUUUUAAGAGUAAAAGCCGGAUGUGUCAUAUUUGUCAUAUCGAUUUUCUCUUUUCUUGAAUUAUAUCAAGUUUUUCCAAAAAAUAUAUUAUAUGAAAUGACAUGUUACUUAAAUCAAAUCCUUAAGGACCUUAAGUGAGAAGGCACAGUCACAUGACCGCACCAGGAUGUAAAGUAGAUGUCACUGAGGGUCUUAAUGUGUAAAAAAUACAGAUUUAAGCAAUUUGAGGCAGAGACACCUGUGUCAUAGUAGGUCCGUAUGAGCUAAUAGCAUAUUAUCCUAAAUAUAUGUGUAAGAACUUUACCGCUUGAGCAGGCGACCAUCUCUGCUGGCUGGUGGUUGACCCCCGGUCUUGUCGUUUUGUCGUUUCUCCCAGAUUUUCGCCUCGAGGUCCUACGAUGCCACCACGCACUUCGAGACCACCUGCAACGACAUCAAGGACAUCUACAAACGUAUGACCGGGAGCGACUUUGACUUUGAGAACAUGAAACGCAAACAGAACGACGUGUUUGGGGAGGAUGAGCAGUGAGCUGAGGUGGGGAGGGGUUUCCAGAGAGAGGGCGGGGCCGGGAGAGGAGGCGGGGCUUAAAGGAGCUAAAGAGGCGGCAGAGCCGGGAUAAGUGGGCGAGGGGGUUUGCUCCUCGGCUCUGCCUGCUCUCAGCCGUUUGCCUCCUCCUCCUUACGUCCCUCUCUCUCCUGAUUCAAACACACAAACGCUCACGAACACACACACACACACACUGUUCAAAUACUCACACUCCUUCUCUCUGUCACCGAAAAGCAGGGUUGAUACGGUCUUUCAUUCCAUCGUAGGAUUUACAGUAUAAUCAUGUCUUAACUAUUCUCAUUAGAGGUGAAUUUAUUACUUGUUGUUGGAGAUUUUUCGGAGCGUUUCAUUCUUUCUGUAUCGUCUCUCUCCUCAUAUCAGAGGUCGGCCGGGGCGGACGAAGAGAGGCGCGAUCUGCGAAGCUCUGACGUGAGAGAUCUCUGUAAUGGCGUAGAGUAGAAUCCUCUGGAAGGGUCACCUCCAGUGUACAUGCAUGCAUCUUUUACACACAGUAGUAUUUGUACAUAGACUCUAACGACACUGCGGUAUGAAGGCUGGACCAUUCCACGCAUCGCUCCUGUCAACCCUGCUUUCACUUUUCUCUUUCUCGGUCUUUUACCUGUGUUACUUCAAAAGAAAAAGACAAAAAAAGACGUCGCUCCUUUUUGGCAAAAUCUGAAAAAACAAAAAUGUGAUGACUAAUUACAUAUAAAUGGGCUGUUCUGUCAGCUGAUAGUGCUCACUUCGCAAUGCUGUUGUGUCCCCCUCCCCCCCCCCCGUGCUAGCAGGCAAGUUAACCAGUGGCUAAUAUCCGUCACCCACCCCUCCUAAAAACCGCUCCUUUUGUUCAUCUCUGUUUUGUGACGUCGAUUUUUGGAUUUGAAUAGUUUAACAUUUUAAAUUAUUGAAGAGUUUUAUUUCUAUAUAUUUGGUGCGCAUUUCACUGGCUGAAGUUAUGAAGUUUACAGAUUUGAGGUUGAAACUGUGGUCUUCGAGUUUAAAUAAAACAAACGAAAAAAAAAAAGGGAACGACAGGAGCUGAAGGGCGAGAGGAACUGUGAUUUUGGCGAAUUCUGCUCGUGGAGAUGUGAGGAAGUGUCGAGGAAUGUAUGCAGGGGGACGUUUCGGAUUGGAUGAUUAGAAAGCGAGGGAUGAAGACUGAAUUUUCAGCUAGAAGUGAAAGCACCAGAUUGUGUCUCUUGUGUGUGUCGUUUGGAUCAGUCAUUCCCCCGACGAGGAUAUAGAGGGGACGAAGCCGGACGCUCCCUUAACUUUAAAGACUUUGUAGCAUAGCGGAGAAAUGAAGCCACAGCCGCCCCACUAGAUCGAACCAAGAUGCUUUCAUUUGGUUUACGCCUUAAUUUGGGGUUUUAUCCAGAAGUUAAAUUUGACCGCUCAACAGUUAGGUGUUAGUAAGUCUUGUGCCAAAAAUAGUCACGCUGUUUUGGUCGAAACUUGCUGACAGGAAGUGUGCGUCGCUCUGCAGAUCAGGCUGAAUAUUCGAAGAGGGAUGUUGUUUUGCAUCAUCUACUAUCAGGGUUGUUUUCGUACACCUGAGCCGGGGCGGUUCCUCAUAUCUCUGCGGCCAGAUUGAUCUGUGGCUCCUUACGCAUCAACAUUAGACUAACGAGAAGCUCUGAAACUCUCACUUUAAUCCUCCAAAUCCCCCCCUAACGACUCUUAAGCGAAAUCCCCGCGUGUUUGGGGUGUUGACAUGUCUUAAUGUUAUAAUCUAUUUAUGUUUAUUUCUCUGACGUAUCGUGGAAAGGUUCGUGUCAAACGCUGAAUAUGCUACGCUUUAUGUUCCGACGAUAAACCGGAUUUUAAAAAGGUGAUGCACGCCGGAGGAGGUUAUUUGUCUCUGUUUUUGUUUUUUUGCCGUGUCAUGUGUUUCCUUCAUCUUACUUAGUGAUCAUACCGGCGCUGCAUCACGAUUUAAUAUGAUUAUUAGCAUUCCUAUGAAACAGGUUUUAAAAAGGAAGGAUAGCAGCAGCAGCAGACAGCCAGUCACGGAGCUGAAAUCAGACUCUCUGUAUUCACUGCAGUUCCCACACUGUCCGUCUCACAACAUUGUGUGUGCUUUUCAUUCUGGAAACAUGAUAUCUGAUUAAACUGGAAUACUGUUUACUCUUUGAACAUAGAUAUAUUUGAAGCCCUCCCUCAGCAUCAGAAACUGUACGCUUUUUUCUUUUUUUGUUUUAUUUAUUGAAAACAAAAGCCUCAUGUGUGGUUGUACUGUUUUAAUUUCCAUCCAGUUUGGGCCUUUGGAAACCACUAUUACUGAUGAUGAUGAUAUCCCUCGAAUUUGACAAAAGAAAUAGGCUGAGUAGUAGAAAACUUACUGUCCUUGUUUGAUCACUAGUAUGUGAACAAUGCCUAAUGUCUUGUGUAACAAAUAAAAUGAAUUAAACUAUGAAUGAAAUGAUAGAAAAAUAAAAAGCACAUGGCAAACCUGGACGGAUUUGUUUUUCUUUUUU